AAGUGCCUUUUCCUCUCUCUCUACUCUGUCAAAAGUCCCAACCCACUCCUUUGUUUUCAUUUGCUCUUAUGUUCAAUAAAUGAAUUUUCUGAACCAAUUCUAAUGUGAUUAUUUAUUACUCCCCCUCUCUCUCUCCAGGUAACUGCUGUCAGCAAUCUAGCAAAGCUUUGAACUUAGUGGCUUUGUCUAUAAUGCAUAUGCCUUCUGCUCAGAGCUUUGUUAGGUUUCCUGACUUCUGAUUGGCAGUCUUAUUCGGGAUCUCAACAAAGGCUGAUAAAUUGCGUGAACAUGCGACUGAAAUUGAUCUCUGGAUGAGUUUGAAGUGCAGGCACCCAUCAUUAUUGGUUAAUUAGAUCUGACAAAAAUAACCUAUUUUUUGGAGCUGAUGGAAUAUUUUUAAUUCUUUCUGCAAGGAUUUUUAACUGUGGCAUUAUGCUUGAAAAAUUGAAGACAAUUCAAAAGAGUUUCCCUCAUAUUAAUAUUAUGGGUUUGAAAGCAAUUCACUCUUCUGAUCAAGUGCACCUAAUCCAGUUACUGAUGACAGAAAAUAUAACAUUCCCCAUUUUGUUGUCUCGGCAGAAAACUCCUAAGAUAGAGAAAGGUGCGUGCUACAUAUUGUUUAAAAUUUUUAGAAGCCCAGUAAUUUAUCAUGAGAAGGAUGCAGGUCUUGAAAUUCUAAGCAAAGCUGUUCAGGAGUUACAAGAGCAACCUGAUGGUGAUUCUAAGUCACUUAACCUAGUGAGAUGUACGUCAUUGAAGCAAGAUGGGAUCAUUAAGGAUGAAUGUAGUUUUUCUCCGCUUCAGAAUUUACUUCUAUAUUACCCAGGUAACCAAGAGGUUGAUAAAUGAUUUUUCUGUAUUUCUUAUCUCAGAAAAGUUGACUGGCAAAUUUCCUGAGAAUGAGCCAGAUAAAUCAAGUCUCUGUCCUUUAUCUUUCCUUUUCAGAUAUUACAUCUUAGAGUAUGCUUUUGUAUACCUUUGUUAAGUGUCGUAAUAUAUUUGCCACCAAUUUUUGUGGAGUGAAUUCAAUGUUAUACCAGGGAUGAAAAGUUGUUUCUGUUUAUGUGAAACAUAAUGAUGUUGUGAAAUCAGGCAUGGAAUUCAGUAGGGAAUGUAUACA